UGUAUGUACUGUAAAUGGUUGCGGUUUGUUGUGAUUUAAUAUCAUUUUGAAAGUGUGUUGAGGUAGAUCAUAUACCUAUUUAUUCAGAAAGCGUAUCGGAGAGAAUUUUUUAGGUAUUAUUUAAUUAGAUCACUUAGUAUGUCUUCGUAUAAGCCUAUUGACUCAAAAAGAGAAGAGUUCAGACGUUACCUGGAGAGGGCAGGUGUAAUGGACGCCUUGACGAAGGUGCUUGUCAGCCUUUAUGAAGAGCCAGAUAAACCUGAAGAUGCUUUGGAGUAUGUCCGCAAGCAUUUGGGUACAGACGGAGCUGAUGAUGAAUUGGAGGCAGCCAGAGCCCGGAUUGCAGAGCUGGAAGCCGAAAAUGCCCUUCUCAAAGGGGAAGCAGCACCCACAGAAGGAUAAACUUAGUUUCCAAUAAUAUUAAUUAAUUAGUAUUUACAAUUAAAGUUUAAUGAUCUCAUUAUCAUAAUAAUGAUCUUUAGAGUGUUCUUGUUGAUCCUGAAGAAAUAUAACAUAGUGUUAUGAUUACUGUGAGAGUAUUAUUUUUGUUAUCAGUUAAGAAUAUUACGUUUGGCAUGCCUGGAGCAUGAUUAAAAUUUUCGUUUGAUUUAUGAUGUAGUUGUUUCAUUUUAUUUUUAUUCUUGACAAAGCUGGAAUACACCUGC